UAACAGAAAAAAUAUUAGUACUUUGUAUAAAAAUAAAUAUUAAAUAAAGUGUGCUAUUGUUUAUCAGAAUUCCAUUCACCUCGUCGCAUUCAAAUCCGCUUCACUCCGUAUAAGAGGACAAUUGAAAUUUAUAUUUGUUUUCCCAGAGGACCUAAAGAGAGACCGGAGAACUAUCAGUAUUUUCCUCUGAAAUUGAGUCCAUAGUUUUUCACAAAUAACACCAUGGUUAUUAUGAGAUUUUACAAAAAGCCUGGCCUUCUGGCUGGCCAAUUGAACAAUAAAUUGAAUGCUAUUUGCAAUAAAGCUAAUUCUGUCAAUGGAUUAGACACAGAAUUGUGUUAUUAUGUGGAAUGCAAGGAAGAUCUGACCAAAAAAGAAAUGGAUAUGGUCCAAUGGGUUCUCACAUCACCGCUGGAGCCUCGGCACUUGGAAAAUUUCAGUGUGUUGGAAACAAUUGGAAAAAACUGUGAAGAAUCUUUCUUUAUUGUUGAAGUUGGACCAAGGCUCAAUUUCUCAACAGCAUUCUCCAGCAAUGCUGUAUCUAUAUUCAAGUCUGUUGGAGUAGAUAAAAUUACAAGAGUCGAGGCGGGCAUGAGGUAUUUGGUGAAACACAGGGGAACUAUGAGCAAGGAAACUGAAGAAUCUAUCGUCAGUGUGCUUCAUGACAGGAUGACCGAAUGUCGUUAUUCGAAACCAAUUGAGUCGUUUGACCAUGGAUUCAGACCAGAAAAGUGGUUCGAGGUUGAUAUUCUUAAAAAUGGAAGAAAGGCAUUGGAAGAUGUCAAUGAAAAAUUAGGACUUGCAUUCGACAACUGGGACUUGGACUUUUACACGGAAUUGUUCGGUUCCAAAUUGAAGCGUAAUCCAACAAGCGUAGAAUGUUUCGAUUUAGCUCAAUCGAACAGCGAGCACAGCCGUCAUUGGUUUUUCCGCGGUUCAAUGAUUAUCGACGGCGAAAAAAAGGAAAAAACUUUGUUUGAUCUGAUCAUUGAUACUCAGUCGAGCUCGAAUCAAAAUAACGUUAUUAAAUUCAAGGAUAACAGUAGCGCAAUCGAAGGCUUCGAAACGACGGUCCUUCGGCCACACCAAAGUCAUUCUGCAAGUCCCUUGAGACUCGAAAAACUCAAAAAACACCUCAUUUUCACUGCUGAGACGCACAACUUUCCUACUGGGGUUGCGCCAUUCAGCGGUGCUACAACGGGAACAGGUGGUCGAAUAAGAGAUAUUCAAGGAGUUGGACGAGGUGGCUAUUACACGGCUGGAACAGCCGGGUAUUCAGUCGGAAAUCUUCACAUCCCAGGGUACGAUUUACCGUGGGAAGAAAAAAAUGUUUUGUAUCCUGACAACAUGGCAUCACCGUUGGAUAUAUUAAUCGAAGCGAGUAAUGGAGCAUCGGAUUAUGGGAAUAAAUUUGGCGAACCAGUCAUAUCGGGAUUUGCAAGGUCCUUCGGGAUGAAAUGUUCGAACGGCGAUCGCCGGGAGUGGAUCAAACCCAUUAUGUUCAGCGGUGGUCUUGGCACUGUAGACUCAACCAUGACGGAAAAAAUACUCCCGGAAAAAGGAAUGGAGGUGAUAAAAAUUGGCGGUCCCGUUUAUCGGAUCGGCGUAGGUGGUGGUUCUGCAAGUUCCGUCGAGGUUCAAGGUGACAACAAGACCGAAUUGGAUUUCGGUGCUGUACAACGUGGUGAUGCUGAGAUGGAACAAAAGUUGAAUCGAUUGGUCCGUGCGUGUGCAGAAAUGGGCGACAAAAAUCCGAUUUUGAGUAUCCAUGAUCAAGGAGCUGGUGGCAAUGGAAACGUAUUGAAAGAAAUAGUUGAGCCUGCCGGAGCUGUAAUUUUCACUCGUAAUUUUGAGCUUGGUGACGAAAGCAUCAGUACGAUGGAACUUUGGGGAGCGGAGUAUCAAGAAAACGAUGCCAUAUUAUGUAGGAAAGAAGACGGUCAAUUGCUGAAAAAAAUUGCAAAACGUGAAAAAUGUCCAAUCAAUUUUGUGGGUACUGUGACCGGUAUGGGAAAGAUUGUUCUUUCAGAAGAGGAACAUUGCGAUCCGACAAAAUAUUUAAACGGGACCGAAGAUCGUAAUUUAAGACAUCCCGUAGAUUUAGAACUUGAACUCGUUCUUGGUAAAAUGCCUCAGAAGACUUUUCACCUGAAGCGAGAAACUGUAAUGAUGCAACCGAUUACACCUUGGAGCACUUUGUCCAGCCGAAAAGGACUCGAAGAAGCUCUUUCUAGAGUUUUACGACUUCCGUCUGUGGCCAGCAAACGUUAUUUAACAAACAAAGUCGAUCGUUGCGUUACUGGACUCGUAGCUCAGCAACAAUGCGUUGGACCUUUACACACUCCUCUUGCGGAUGUCGCCGUCACCGCAAUAUCACAAUUCUCAACUGUUGGAACAGCGACUUCUAUCGGUGAACAACCUAUAAAGGGUCUCGUCAAUGUUUCCGCGGGUGCCCGAAUGACCGUGACUGAAUCAUUGACGAAUCUCGUUUUUGCAAAAAUCAGUGACUUGAAGGAUGUUAAAUGCAGUGGAAAUUGGAUGUGGGCAGCAAAAUUACCUGGAGAGGGUGCAGCUUUGUACGAAGCCUGUGAGUCCAUGUGCUCGAUAAUGAAGGAUUAUGGAAUCGCAAUUGAUGGCGGUAAAGAUUCGUUGAGCAUGGCCGCAAGGAUUGGUAAAGAAGUAGUUAAAGCCCCAGGCACUCUAGUGAUUUCAUCUUAUGCGCCAUGUCCAGACAUCAGACUCGUCGUAACACCAGAUCUUAAGAGCCCGGCUAUGGGAAAAGAGGGUUGCCUACUUUUCGUUGAUCUUUCGAAUAAUAAGAGUCGACUUGGGGGCACUGCUCUUGCACAAGUAUAUCAACAACUCGGUGAUACUGUUCCCGAUGUAAACAACGUAGAACAUGUAAAAAAUGCAUUCGCAGCGACCCAGGCAUUAAUAGGCGAGAGAAAAAUCUUGGCUGGACAUGACGUCAGCGACGGUGGUUUGAUAACGUGUCUCUUGGAAAUGGCAUUCGCUGGUAUAUCCGGAGUAGACAUCAAUAUUGGACACAAAUCUGGUUUGCCGAUCGAAAUUCUAUUUGCCGAGGAAGUUGGUUGGGUUCUUGAAGUAGAUGAAAACGAUCGGGACUAUGUUUUGAAAACUUUCGAGAGUUUCAAUGCCCCUGUUUUCCCUAUCGGGAAAUCGAUCGGUCUUGGUCUUGAGUCGAAGGUUAUAGUGUCGGUCAAUAACGAUCUUUUGUUGGACUCAAGUGUAUUGUGCCUGAUGAAAAUAUGGGAGGAAACAAGUUAUCGAUUGGAGCUCCGCCAAACCAACGUCAACUGCGCAAACGAAGAGUACGAUGGAUUGAAGGAUCGAACAGUUCCAGCCUACAACUUGACCUUCGAUCCUGAUAUUAUUCCGGUCUCGAGGGCUUCCUCUAGUUUCUCGCCACAAGUAAAAGUCGCUGUGAUACGUGAAGAAGGAAUCAACGGUGAUCGAGAAAUGGCAGCUUCUCUGGCUGAAGCUGGUUUCGAAGUUUGGGAUGUCACGAUGCAGGAUCUUUGUACGAGCGAAAUUUCCAUGGACCAGUUCCGUGGAAUUAUAUUCCCUGGAGGAUUCAGUUACGCUGACGUUCUUGGAUCGGCCAAAGGCUGGGCCGCGACGUUAUUGUUUGACUCGCGUUUGCGCAACCAAGUUGACCACUUUUUGAAUCGCCAGGAUACCUUCAGUCUGGGUGUUUGCAACGGUUGUCAGUUGAUGAGCCUUUUGGGUUGGAUCGGCAGUGAUUUGAAUGAUCAAGGGAAAACAGAUAGCCAAGUGAAUAUCAUGUUGGACCAUAACCAAUCCGAGAGAUUUGAAUGCCGUUGGACAACGGUGAAAAUCGAAAAAUCAGCAGCGAUAAUGCUUCAAGGUAUGGAGAACAGUGUCAUGGGAGUUUGGGUUGCCCAUGGCGAAGGUAGAUUUACAUUCCGGAAUAACGAGAUAUUGGAGGAAUUGAAGAAGCGAAAUUGCUUAGCGAUCAAAUACACGGACGAUUUGGGAAAUCCUACGGAAAAAUAUCCUUUGAAUCCGAACGGCAGUGUUGAUGGGAUUGCUGGUAUCUGUUCAUCGAACGGUCGUCAUUUGGCGAUGAUGCCGCAUCCGGAACGAUGCACGCAAACAUGGCAAUGGCCUUACAUUCCUCAAAAUUGGACGAACGUGCGAUCACCGUGGCAAAAAAUUUUCGAUAAUGCACACGCUUGGUGUAAAGCGACUUGCCAAACGAGCUAAACUAACUCUGUCUGAAGUAUAUAACAAAAGUUUCGAAAUGUGGGAACAAUUAUUUUUGAUCGACUUGUACAGUGUUUUUUCAUGUAUUAGGUGUACAAAUGAAUUUUAAGGGAUUUACUUAAUAGAUCGCAUAACUAAAAACCCUUAAAACUUAUUUGUACACUUAAUAAAUGAGAAAAAUUUUGGUUUUAUCAUGUCUUUACUGAAUAACAGUGAUUGAAUGUUAUCUCGAUCACAUGAAAUUAGAAUUUGUAAAGUAAAAUAACAAUGUAUUUUGAUAUAUAUGAUUUCGUUAACUGAA